AUGUCGACAGCUUCCAGACAGUCGCGAGGUUUCAACCGACGGAUCAACAGUCUGCAGAAUGAAGGUCGUCAUUCGCGCAAUUCGUCUCUGUCGCGCCGGCGACCACUCACCGCUGCCAUCGCAAGCAGCCAUGCGCUUCGCGUAGCCUACCUGACCUACCUCCUCCAACCGCGAUCUCGCCGAGUCCAGAAUGUGUCGCCUGCGCCUGCACGUCCCAAGCGGUCCUCGACAUCGAUUCAUGAUCUCAUGAGCGACUUUUCGCUGGUCAGAGAUUCAAAGAGUACAAGGAUUCCCCAUGGCUUCGUGUCGGAACUGGAGAAGCGAUUGACGGGGGUGUUGAUGGGACGCGAGAAGAAGAAGGAAUACCAAGAUCACCUGGUGGUGCGCACAUUUGCCGUCUUUCUGAAUGUGCUCAAGGAGGACUCUUUUCGCAAACGCAUGGAAAAGGACCGCCGAGCUGAGGAUCUACUACUGAUCUUCUAUUCCAAUGCGGUAAAGGAGCUGAGCAAGGGCAAGGAGCAAGACGAUGAUAGCUGGAAGCUGAUGGUGGAUCGGCAUGUUGCACUGUUUGUACGUCUGUUGGCGCUGAUAUUGAAGAGCAACGACUGGGCAAGGGAUCGUCCAGAGCUGGCCAACCGACUGGCGGUACUUGAAAAUAAGCUUCUCCUGCAGGAUCAGGAUUUGAUGGAUUCGAGUCCCGCGACAACGACGACGGAAACGCUUGCGCCCCUCAGCCACGACGUAAAGGAUAUGCCCCUGGUACAACAUGUGAUCAAAGUGUUCGGCAUGACGACGACGCAAGCCCAAGCUGAAAUCGACAAGAACAAGUCCGUAUGGACAGAAAAGGCAGCACUUCAGGAUCUCAAGACGUACCAGACCCAACUGAGCCUCCAUACGCGCAAGACCUUGUGCCGAGAGGACUUUGAGACGGACGAAGCAUUCGAAACAUGGAAGAAGAGCGAAGGACCAGAUUUGUCGCAGAUGAUGCUUGCAAUUGUACAGUCCAAUCCUGAACUGGCCAAGAGUACCCCGGGAGCCCUGCCACACUUCAAUCCUGCUGUUUCUGAUGAACUCUCCUCGCCCCGGGACCGCACUUCUUAUUCUAUCGAUCAAUCUUUAGACUUCAGCGCACUGUCACUCGGCGGGCAGGACGGCGAUGGAGAGGAAUCAGGUACCUACACAUUCAUUCCGUCUGACCCCCGGGCCGUAUACCGGUUCAUUUUGAAUCAGACACUGUCCCAUGAUCUUCGUGACCGCGAGAUUGAGGCUAGUCAGGCCACUGCCGACACGCCAUCAAUCAAAUUAUUGUCCAAGCAGUCGAUGGAGAUGCUCAAUGAAAUCUGCCUCCGAUGGAGAAUUCCUCCCUUUUCGAGAGUUGUGUUGUUUCUAGACGUCGUUCAAUCCAAAUACGUGGAUUCGGAAAUCGACCUCAACACCCUGGAUUCAGCAUUCACGUUUGCGAAGGAGACGCCCAACACUGAGCCGCGAGCCAAGCGCAGCAGUUACGUGGCGUCCGCCGUUUUCGACCGUCAAAAGUGGACUGUCCACGAUCUUCAGGCGAUGCAGCAACUACUGUCCAAACUUCAUGAGGCUCUGCUGCGCGAACUGUACGACGUGAUGAUGGAUUGUUUCGAGGCGAAGCCUCGACCGAUUGGCCCAGUCAUGUACAUUUUGGAGCACCAUAUUCAAAUGGAUCCCAGUUACACGGAGGAUCCACAGGAUAUCAAUCGUUUCUCGUCCUACGUUCAGGACGGUCUUGCAGCAAAGGCCACCGAGAAAUAUCAGAGCUUGAUUAGUCAAAUGAUCCCUGUUGAGCAGGAGAAAUGGCAAUUCGACAACAUCAUUCAGCUAAGUGAUGCAAUUUCGAAACUGGCGCAGAAGAUUCAGAAGCGAUACCGAAAUAAUCCCGAAAUUAUGGGUGUCAAUCCUUAUCUCAUCCUUUGCGUCAAUAUUCUCCCCAUGUUCGCAGAGGACGCGAAUGAAAUGGUUCUCCGAAUCAUGGAUCACUGCAAAGCCGAGGAUAGGGAGAUAGAUAUCGAGGACGGAUUUGAUUUGUACAGAAACUUGGCGGCAAUCAGGCGUCUUUACACGAACUCGAUCUCCGAAACUCCAUUCCCCUUCCAUGUAGAGUCUCUACUCGAAGAAUUUGUAUGGCGUUGGCUUCGUCUGACAGAUCAGAGCGUAAUGGAGUGGGUGAAUCAAGCGAUCCGCCAAGACAACUUCACCGUCCGCGGAGAUGAGCUGGCCGAGUCUGUUGCUGAAGACAAACGGCAUAGCGUUUCGGUAAUUGACAUCUUCCGAUCUUACAAUCAAGUGGUGGAGAACCUGGUUGGGCUGGGAUGGGACGACGACCUCCAGUAUGCAAAGUUCAUGACCGCUCUUUCCAAGUCUAUAGGCAAGGGAGUUGCCAAGUACUGCGAAUCACUGGAGCAGAUGUUUGCCCGGGAGAUGGACAAACUGACGCCAGAGCAAGAGGCAGCUUUGAACCAGACCACUCAAGAGAAGCUGAUGCAAUUUGCAAAAGACACUUGGACGAACAAGGACAAGAUUGAACCCUUCCAAUUCUCAUCCGAGUCCCUAGUCAAACUAAACAACAUUGAAUUCGCGCUCACGCAAUUGGACCGACUCGAGCGGGAGAUCAACGUUGAUGCAUGCGCUGAUGUGAUUGCGAGAAACACGCCCGCUCAGCUAAAGAAAAUCCGCAAGUCCACUACAUACGUCUUCACAAUCAAAGUGGUAGAGGCCGAAGACUUGAAGGCUUGUGAUAUGAACGGUGGCAGCGAUCCGUAUGUGGUAUUAACCGAUGAAUACCAGAAGCGGAUAGCAAAGACACGCAUCAUCUACAAUAAUCUAAAUCCUCGAUGGGAAGAUGCCGUCGAUAUCACCACGCAGGGUCCCUUGAACAUCAUCGCCACCAUCUGGGAUUGGGAUGCUGUCGGUGACCAUGACUACGUUGGUCGCACGUCUAUCAAAUUGGACCCUGUUCAUUUUAGUGAUUUCCUUCCACGAGAGUAUUGGCUGGAUCUAGAUACUCAGGGGCGGCUUCUGCUUCGUGUGAGUAUGGAGGGUGAACGAGAUGACAUUCAGUUCUACUUUGGCAAAGCGUUCCGCACAUUGAAGCGUACCGAAAGGGACAUGACGCGGAGGAUUACUGAGAAGCUUUCUGCCUACAUCAGUCACUGCUUAUCUCGACGGACCCUGAAAUCAUUACUGUCGCGCGGGAUUGGCGGCAUCAGCAUGUCUACCGUAUCCAACUUUCUCAAUCGCAAUCGGGGAGUGCCAGCGACCUCCACAGGCCCGACGGCAGCGAACGUGGAGAAUGCGCUCGAUCCCCUGUUUAGCUACUUCAAUGACAAUUUCGCCAUCAUGAACAAGACGCUCACAGAGGAAGCUAUGCGAAUGGUCAUGGCCCGUCUGUGGAAAGAAGUCCUUGCCACGAUCGAGAGUCUCCUCGUCCCUCCACUCUCAGACAAACCCUCCCACCAGAAGCCGCUCACGGUACAAGAAGUCGACAUUGUCUCACGCUGGCUCGUGCUACUCCUGAACUUCUUCCACGCCGUCGACGAAGAGACCGGCGAAGCAGGCGGCGUGCCCCUCGACAUCCUCAAGUCUCCCAAAUAUCACGAAAUCCAAAGUCUGAAUUUCUUCUACUUUGAGCCAACCGAGAAUCUCAUCCGCACUUCGGAGCGCAUGGCCUCUGCAAACGUCAAUCGACAACAAGCCAAUCGCAACCGAUUAUCGGCGCCUGCCCAUCUCGGCGCGACAGGCCCGGGACACGGCUCCCUGGGUAUACCAGCGACUCGUCGCGCCAAGAGCAUCAUGCUCUCGCGCAAUCUGGGCACCAUGAAAAAGGUGAAAGAAGAAAAGCGACGAGAGGCACAAGCCGAUCCCAACGACGACAUGAUCCUGCGAAUCCUGCGGAUGAGACCCGAGGCAGCCGGAUAUCUUCGAGACCGCAGUCGUCAAAAGGAGAGACUAGCCGCCGCCGCGGCUGCAGAUGCCAUUGUGAAACAGAGUCUGAUGGCGGGCGUGGGCAGUCGAAUGAGUUCAACAAUCCCACGUCGUUGA